AUGUCUCUGUUUAACGCUGUGUUUGUGCAUUCCAUAGAGCUGCCACCGAUCCCAUCCAGCUUGGAUAAGGAUGUGGUGGGCGAAUUCAUCGAUCAGCUGGAUUUGGUCAAGUACACAACCAGCCUGGCAAGCGUUCGGGAAUUGCGUGACUAUUUGUUCAAGGCCUUCAAGGAUUUGGUGAACAAAGAGUGGGUUUCUCUGGAGAGACUUGAUCAGGAAAGGCGUGCUCAAAAAGCGCAUCAGAUACGCGAGACGAAGGCCAUGAUGGAUCGCUUUAUAGAGAACAUGGAUCGAUUGCUAAUCGACACUGAAGGUGCCCUGCAACAGGAGGCAAAUGUUUUAAGGCAGUUUCAAGACAUGGGUGUCGAUUGGAGAGCAAACAUGUCGCAAGUUGAGCUGACUUCACCACAGUUUGUGGUGCCCCAAUCUUCGGAGAUCAGGACGAGGGGACCUGAUGGCGGUCGACCACGAGGAGCAACAGGAGCCACGGAAACAACCGAGAUUGGACUUGCAUCCCAAGAGCUGCAUCAGUUUGAGAAUAUUGUUCCGAUUAAUCCCCGGAUGUCUAUUGAUGGACUAUCGGAAGACGAACGGAGCACAGGGCCUGAUCUCACAUUUGGCACUACCAGAUUUCGCCACUGGUUGAGUGAGGAGUACGUCGUUCGCCAUGAAAUAAGAACAGUAUCUUUUCGCAGUUCCCGCGAGUUGCGUCACAACAUUUCUUGGCCAAAUGCCCCCAAGCCAUCUUGGGAGAGCCACUCAAGGUGCCAAAAUGCAAUCGGCAUUUUUGUCAUAGUUCGUAGGACAAUGGUGGUAGCUGCUGUUGAGACUGGUGGCAGCAGAUCGGACAACUCUAGCACUGUGCAGGCCAGCAGCUUAGUAAACUUGGCCCGACAAAACCGGUCCCAGAAUCAGAACACACCCGUCAGUCGCUACGAAUCGAAUCAAGGAACCCCCUUAUCCGCAGCUGGUGUCUCCGACAGGGUAGCUAUGCGUGCCUCGAGCACCCCACUUGGACAAAACAGCGAUCCAGGCUUGUCAUUUAUACGCAAUCUGACCUACGAUGAUGGCGCCAUUCCAUUGUCGGUGCUAGGAGGAGCAGCAUCGACCCCAAUUGGUCCAUCGCUGCCAGGACAACAUUCCUUGGAGUUGGAACUGGACAGCGGCACCUUGGUGCUGCCAACGGAUGGGGAUGAAACCGCCGCAAUGGCACAGGCUGGUUUAUCAGUUGUGCGUUCUCGGCUCGGAGGUACACCAUCAUUGACUCCCUUUCCGUAUUUCCAACCCAGACUGCCGGUUAUUGAUGAGGAGCACCAUCGUCCCCUCACCCUCACCAGGGGGUCACGUGAGCUGCAGAUGUCUUUGCCACCGGAAGAGGCUCCUUUGAGUCCGCCACGUGAAUGGAUCGGUGUUUUCCGGCCACGGGAUCAGUUGGUUAACUAUGUCGAAGGGCCAGCUCCCAGGCGAGCAGCCAGGGUCCGACGUCCCCGAGUUCGAGCUCCUCAUCGCCCUGUUGCAGUUCCCACUCCGCCAACAACACCGGAACAACCAAUCCGAGGCGAGGAAGCAAUGCGAAGCAAUCGUCAUAUUGCCACCACUUUUAUGUCUGACUUCCUGCAGAAUGCUGCGGCAGUGGUGGAUCCUUCACGACUGCCAGAAGUGAUGCCUCCUCCAAUCGACAUACAAUCUCUUGGACUACCGCAGAUAGAUCCAGCUACAUCAGCUACCAAUUCCAUGGAGUUGGCUCAUGAUCUUCAAAAGAUUUGCGAUUCUGGAGCUAGUAUGCCAUCGAAAGCUGCUUUCCAGGAUCUUGAAGUAGCUCCCUUGGAUAUUUCUGUUAAUGCUCAAGAUCAGAUGGCACCGUUUGAUUCGGCUGCUGCCCUAUUACCUCCAAUAAAUUCUACUCCCAUCGUUCAGGAUCCAAAUAAGAUUAUAGUUGGUCCUAUAAAUGCUCAUGAAACUAAACCCGAAAUGGUGGACAAAUCUAACUUAUUGAAUACUUCGGUACAACUUAUGCCAAUGGAUAUUGACGACGCCCCUCUGCAGGUUUCAAGCACAUUGGCUAAUAUGAGCGAUAAUGCCUAUGUGACCGAUGUGCAGGUACUGCCAACGCUGGAGAUUCAAUCUUUUAAUAUCGCUAGCAUAGAUGCAGAUGCUAGCCGAAUAAAAGUGGAUUCCACAGUGACAUCAACAGAAGGCCUUCAAACACAAAAGGAGCCCAGGACAGCAACGCAAAGUCCACUGAAUCGGGUGUCGAUUAAGGAUUUGGCUUUCAUUUCACAACACGCUAAUAUGCUACGUCUAAUGGUGGAUCGUCACAAGCAACUUAGUGAAGAGGGAAAGUCCCGGUUGCUAUUUAGUCGCGAAGGCUCGUUUAGUUAUUAUUCCAUGCCCGCUGUUAAGGUCUACGAUCCAAAGAUCAUUAUACACAUGGAAAAGGAUAAGAUUCGCCUUGUCCAUGGCUUGUUUGAGGUCCUCAUCAGACAGCCUCAGGUGGAUAUGCAGAAUGCAUCCUUCAUUCGGAAUCGUAGAGAUGCGGUGAUCACAUGCCGCUAUUUACUUGAGCUUAAGACAGCAAAUUUCAUAAAUCUUAGUUCGGAUGGUAGAUUCUUUUCCCUUCGAUAA